GUCCCCCUCCAGCGCAAAACCCCUUGCGGCCUGUCUGUCUGUCUCUUUCUCCUUCCCAACCCAACCCAACCCACCUGAUCAUCAGAUUCCUCCUCUCUAACGAUCAUUAAGCCACCUCGAUCACAGCGAGGUUUUAUAUAGGUACAGAAGUGGACUGGUCCGCUUCCAAAAAACCAGCCACGCACGGAGAGCGAGCGAGCGCACAGGCGGCGUGCCGCGGCGCAGCGCAGGGGCAACGACAGCAGCAGCCCGCGUCCCGCUCUCUGCUUGCAAGGUCACCACCACUCACCACCGCGCGCCAACAAGGCCGGCUUCCUCCCUCCGCUCCGCGCGCGUGCGCUAGCUCGCGAUGGCAGCCCCGUCGUCGUCGUCGGCGGCGGCGGCGGCGGCGGCGGCGUCCGGGUCGGCGGCCACCGGCGCCGGCGGCGGGCCGCGGCCGUACCGGUCGAGGUUCGGUGACACGACGCUGACGAAGGUGUUCGUGGGCGGGCUGGCGUGGGAGACGCCCUCGGAGGGGCUCCGGCAGCACUUCGAGCGGUACGGCGACAUCCUCGAGGCCGUCGUCAUCACGGACCGCCUCACCGGCCGCUCCAAGGGCUACGGAUUCGUGACGUUCCGGGAGCCGGAGGCGGCGCGGCGCGCGGUGCAGGACCCGAACCCGACGAUCGCCGGGCGGCGCGCCAACUGCAACAUUGCCUCGCUAGGCCCGCCGCCUCGCUCCGCCCAGCAGCCUCAGCCUCAGCCUCCGCCUCAGCCUCGAGGAAGGAGUCCCUACAUGGGGCCCCACUUGCAGGUCCCGUAUCCAGCGGCCCAGGCCCCGCAGUUCAUCCCCAGGGCGCCGGCCUCUCCUUCCCAGAUGAUGAUGCCGCAGCAGCACGGUGGUGGUGGUGGUGGUGGCCCAGCUGCUAUGUACCCGUCUCAAUUUGGGUACUGGUACCCUCCUGACUUUCAAUACCAACAGGCCAUUGCCAAUCCUCAAGUGCUGCAGAACUACUACGCUCAGCUGUAUGGUCUGACCUCGCCUACGGCGGCAGCGGCGGCGGCACCCUACCACCAGUACCUCGGCUACGUGGCGCAUCCGCCUCCAACGCCGCCAAGGGCAGCGAUACUGCCGGCGCCGCCUGCGGCGGCACAGCAGGUCGCCGUGCAACCGUUGGUGCAGCAUCCGCCGCCGGCACAGCAGGUCACGAUGCAACCACUGCUGCAGCAUCCGCCGGCACAGCUCCAGGCCGCCGCCCCUUUCUUCCCGGCUCCCUCGCUUUCGCACAACUUCAGGCUCCAGCUGCCGCCGCCUCCUCAAGCUAUGUCAGUAUUGCCUGUGCCUCCCAACACAACAGAAUCGCUGCCAGCUGAUCAGGCCGCUGCCUCUGUAGCUCGUGCGACAAAUGCGAGCAGUACUCCGGGAGCCUGAUCAAGAAGGAUUCAAGGCAAACUGAAGAUAAAGCAUUGGAUUCAACAUAGCUUCAAAUUUAACUGACUUUUUUUUGGGCCGAAGAAAAGAAGUUUCAGUCGAUCUGCUGCUACGGACGAAGUUAUUGAUGGUCUGUAACAGUCUCUCAUUAUGUUGGCUCCAAAACCAAACAGAAGACACAUUUGGUUUUUUUCAUUGUCUACCAAUUCUUUACAGAGUUUCGGCGAAUCCAUUGUAAAAAAUCUAGAUUUUGCGUCAACAUCUAAGGAUUUUUUAUUUUUCUUUUCAAAUGAUCAUCCAA